GCAGCAUGGCAGCGGCGCCCGGCGUGGCGCCGGUUCGAGCCCGGUUCCUCACCUCCAAGGAGCAGUUCCACGCGUACCUGCGGGCAGGGGGCGAGGAGGAGGAAGAGGAAAAGGAGGAGAAGGAGGAAGAGGAGCAGGUCAGCGAACCCCCAGCCAAGAGGGUGAAGGCAGACGAGCUCGGCCAGGAUGGGGAAAGCCAAGGGAAUGCUGGAGGGGAGGAGAAGGAGCGCCCGGAGAAGAAGAGAGCUCGGGGGCAGAACAAGAGCCGCCCGUGCAUGAAACCCAGCUGCUACGAGCAGAGCAGGCUGUGCCCCUCGGUGACACAGGGCCGUGCCGGGCAGUGCCACUUCGGGCCGCGCUGCCGCUUCCUCCACGACGUGUCCGAGUACCUGGCGGCCAAGCCAGCAGACCUGGGCCAGCGCUGCGUCCUCUUCGACACCUUCGGCCUCUGUCCCUACGGUGUCACCUGCCGCUUCGGCCAGGCCCACCUCGGGGACGGCCACCAGAACCUGGUCAACGCCGCCCUGGCGCGGCAGUGGGAGGGGAAGGUGCUGGUGAGGAACGGCCUCUCCAAGGAGCUCCAGCAGCAGCUGCGCAAGAGGAGGUUCAGCUUCCAGAAGGCCGAGGAGUUUCUCCGUGGGCUCCGUGCUGGGAAAGGAGGCAAAGCCGCGGGGGGCUCCACGGAGGUGUCCAACUGCACUGCUCGCCAGGAGGGCCUGAGAGACAGCCCUGUGCUGCAGGAGCAGGGAGAAGAGCCCAGACCUGAGGCCCUGCAGGGCUCCCAAAGGGCUGAGGGUGCUGCCAAACCUGAGGCCCUGCAGAGCUCACAAGGGGCUGAGGGUGCUGCCAAAUCUGAGAUCCUGCAGGGCUCCCCAGAGACUGAGUGUGCUCCCAAACUUGAGGCCUUGCAGAGCUCACAAGGGGCUGAGGGUGCUGCCAAAUCUGAGAUCCUGCAGGGCUCCCCAGAGACUGAGUGUGCUCCCAAACUUGAGGCCUUGCAGAGCUCACAAGGGGCUGAGGGUGCUCCCGAACCUGAGGCUCUGCAGAGCUCCCAAGGGGCUGAGGGUGCUGCCAAAUCUGAGAUCCUGCAGGGCUCCCCAGGGACUGAGGAUGCUCCCAGACCUGAGACCUUGCAGAGUUCACAAGGAGCUGAGUGUGCUCCCAAACCUGAGGCCCUGCAGAACUCCCAAGGGGCUGAGGGUGCUCCCUCCAUCCCAACCGUGGGCCCUCUGACAGAUGAAGACAUCACGAAGCUGCGGCCUUGUGAGAAGAAGAAGCUGGAAAUCCAAGGCAAGCUCUACCUGGCCCCACUGACCACGUGUGGAAACCUCCCUUUCCGACGGAUCUGCAAACGUUUUGGAGCAGAUGUCACCUGUGGGGAGAUGGCUGUGUGCACCAACCUGCUCCAGGGCCAGUCCUCCGAGUGGGCUCUGCUCAAACGCCACCACACCGAGGACAUCUUCGGGGUGCAGCUGGAGGGAGCCUUUCCAGACACCAUGACCAAGUGUGCAGAGCUCCUCAACAGGACGAUCGAGGUGGAUUUUGUUGACAUCAACGUCGGGUGUCCCAUCGACCUGGUCUACAAGAAGGGAGGAGGCUGUGCUCUGAUGACUCGCUCCAACAAGUUCGAGCAGAUCGUCCGCGGCAUGAACUCGGUGCUGGACGUCCCACUGACGGUGAAGAUCCGCACCGGGGUGCAGGAAAAGGUUAACGUGGCUCACAAAAUCAUCCCCAGGAUCCGGGAGUGGGGCGCAGCCAUGGUCACGCUGCACGGGCGCUCCCGGGAGCAGCGGUACACGCGCAGCGCCGACUGGCCUUACAUCGCCGAGUGCGCCCGCCUCGCCAGCCCCAUGCCUCUCUUUGGAAAUGGGGAUAUUUUGUCCUAUGAAGAUGCAAAUCGAGCCAUGCAGAUGGGAGUUUCUGGAAUCAUGAUUGCAAGAGGGGCGCUCAUCAAACCCUGGCUUUUCACGGAAAUCAAGGAGCAGAGACACUGGGAUAUCUCCUCCAGUGAAAGGUUUGACAUCCUCAAGGACUUCACCAACUACGGCCUCGAGCACUGGGGGUCAGACACUCAGGGAGUGGAGAAAACCAGGAAAUUCCUGCUGGAGUGGCUCUCCUUCCUGUGCAGGUACAUCCCAGUUGGGUUAUUGGAACAUCUACCUCAGAAAAUCAACGAGCGGCCGCCCUAUUACCUGGGGAGGGACUACCUGGAGACCCUCAUGGCCAGCCAAAACGUGGAUGAUUGGAUCAAAAUAAGUGAGCUGCUCCUGGGCCCCGUCCCGCCCAGCUUCACCUUCCUGCCAAAACACAAGGCCAAUUCCUACAGGUAGGGCUGGCCAGGCCCUGUCCCUUGGCGUCAGGAGGAGUUUGGAUGGGCUGUGAGGAGGAGCGGGGCUCCUGGCAGUUGGAAUAAAGCUGUUUUUAGAAGCUGCCAGAGCUGUCCCAGCUGUCCCACAGGGCUGACAAAGAGCCUCAGUUCCCACCAGGAUGUCCUCAGGAGUGACAAACUCCCAGGACAAGGAGCAGCAAUGUCCCCCCAGCCCUUCUGCUGCCC